AUGGUUCGGAUUAAAAAUCUAACUCAUCAUCCACAAUCGGCACGUUUUAUAUCGAAGUUAUCACAAACAAAUGAAACGUAUAUUAUAACAAUAAUGCAACAACAAUUUCUCAUUUACCUAGUUUUGAUCAUAAUAUAUUUUCUUCAUUUUAUUACAGACCAAGGAACCGUCAAUGCACAAUCAUCUAGCUGUGAAUGUUCUCCAGCUCCAUACUCUCAAUCAGGAACAAUUCGAUGCUCAACAAAUUCUGAUUGUGAAUGUUUAUGGACAACAUUGACUGAAAGAGGAAUAUGUGCCGAUGCAGUGAUGCCAUGCAACAAUUUACAAUCAUGUGAAAAUGAUAAUAAGACAUGUUCAAUACCUAAUACUAUAUGUGUCAAUAACACACAUUGUAAUCGUCCUGUGUGUUACCCAUUAGAGCGUGCUUCAUCUCAACGAUGUCCAUCAUUGAACGACAAUUCGACAAACAAUAUUCCACGAUGGUCAAGUACCACUAAUAUGGUAGCUGGAUGUUAUGCACAUGCAUCAGUUUUGCUAAAAAAUGGACAUGUACUAGUGGCUGGUGGAAGUUCAGCUGCUUUAAUUACGCAAGUGUACAAUCGAGCAGAGGGUUUAUGGAAUAGAACUGGUAACAUGUUUUUCGCACGUGCUUAUCAUACAUUAUCGUUACUAAACAAUGGUAAUGUAUUAAUUUCCGGUGGGAAAGGUAAUGGUAGCAGUCCAAAUACUGCAGAGUUAUAUGAUCCGUUGACAGGAUCAUGCACGAUGACUGGAAAUAUGAGCGUGGAACGAGACAGUCAUACAGCAUCAGUGUUAACAACCGGAAAUGUUUUAGUCACCGGUGGAAAUUCCAGUAUUACUAGUCUGAGUAGUGCCGAACUUUUCAAUCCAUUAACAGGAUUGUGGACAGUUACUAGUAGUAUGAGUAUCGAUCGUACCCUGCACACAGCUUCUGUAUUAGCUAAUGGACAAGUUCUGGUGGUCGGCGGAGAAUCCUCAAUUGGUCUAUUAAGUAGUACAGAAUUGUACGAUUUAACAAGAGGAGUUUGGAGCAGAACAGGCAAUAUGAUUUCAGCACGAGCUCGACACACGGCCACUAUUUUAAGCGACGGAAAAGUUCUUGUUGCAGGUGGAAGACUUUCUAAUAAAUACUAUACCGAUACUUCGGAAAUAUAUGAUCCAACUACGGGCUUAUGGACUAAAACUGGGAACAUGACAAUUCCACGACAAUGGCAUACAGCAUCUCUCCUACCGAAUGGGCGAGUGUUAGUUGUAGGUGGAAUCAGUAAUAGUGUCUAUGUGAAUACAACAGAGAUAUAUGAUCCACUUACUGGCCUUUGGGCAAAAGCCAGUAAUAUGAAUACAAUGCGUGGUUAUCAUACCGCCACAAUAAUGGCUAAUGGGCGGAUUUUAGUUGCUGGUGGUUUCCUCGAUUACGGCCACGUUUUGAGCUUCNUCACAAGUGUAUUUACAAUCAUUACAAUAAUUAUAAAAUGUUUGUGUUGUUCGAAAGAAGAGAAUGAAAAAUUAUGUGAUGUUUGUUUACCAUUCAUUAAUGGAAUUUGGGGAUUAUUUGGCCUCGCUUGGCAUAUUGUUGGUAGUGUUUGGAUUUUCAAAGUGAAAUCAUCUGUUCAAUUUACAGAUCCAACUAUAUUGAAUACUUAUUGUGAAAAACAUAGAUUUAAUUUUGCAUUUGGUUUAAUUCUUUUCAUGUAUUCAUUAGCAGGUUUAUUUUGUUGUUGUGUAUGUUGUUUAGGUUGUCUUUUUGCUUUUGUUUUACAUGAUGAUGAUUAA